UCUCAGGCAACACGCUGUGCUUUCACACGCCCUCCUUAGAGUGCGGGAGGGGGGCUUUAAGGGGAGGAACGACUGAAGGAGAAGGACGACGGCAGGCAGCCGGAGAGAAGGAGAGGCGGGAGGAAGGGAGGAAAGGAAGGGGAAGAGCCUUGGUGCUGCCGGGUGGCGGGAGGGGCCUCAGCCGCCAGCGCAGUUUUGGGGUUCUCUCGCUUUCCUCUCUUCACCCGCCCCCAACCUAGAGUUGGAAGGGAGCGAGAGGCCGGCAAGCUGGUUUUGCGCGGAGCUCUAGGGAGUUUGCCUGGCUGGUCUAGCCUACGAGGAAGGGACUCUCCAAGCGGUAGGGCCAGAAGAGAGAGACUUAGCCCUGAAAAGAGAAGAGGAGACGACGACCUGGCGACGAGGCUGGUCGGCUGCCUUGUUUUAAGAACCGCUGUUGUUGCCACGGCCAAACAGCACAGAGGCGCAACUGGGCAGGAGUGCGGAGGCCCCCGCGCUGAGGCGAAGAGAGCGAGGCAAUUCCCUCCUGCGCCUGCUUGCCUGGAGUUGAUUUUGGCUGGUGGAAUUGCGUCGCCUGCGGCAAGCGCGGAGUUCCUGAAGGUGGCACAGUCCUAAAACCCAACAAAGCCAACAUUUUGAAGUUACUUCCUUUAUGAAACUAUUUCACAACUAAAAGGCAUGAAGAUUAUAAAACUUAACAAGGGUAUUGGAAAAACUGACAGCAUCAAUGAAUAGGCUGACUGUUUCUCUCAACUCCAGAUUAUUUGCAACAUAGCUAAGAAAGAUGCAGUCUAUAACUGAAAAUGGAGAUCCCUCUUCCCAAAAUCAAAAUGAAGAGAAAACGUAUAAAAAGACUGCAUCCUCGGCUAUUAAAGGUGCCAUACAGCUGGGAAUAGGAUACACAGUGGGUAACCUCACAUCUAAGCCAGACAGAGAUGUACUUAUGCAAGACUUCUAUGUAGUAGAAAGUGUAUUUCUUCCCAGUGGAGGGAGCAAUCUGACCCCUGCUCAUCAUUAUCCAGACUUCAGAUUUAAGACAUAUGCUCCUUUAGCCUUCCGCUACUUCAGAGAACUUUUUGGUAUUAAACCUGGUGACUACUUGUAUUCAAUUUGCAAUGAACCUCUAAUAGAACUAUCCAAUCCUGGUGCCAGUGGAUCCUUGUUCUUUGUCACUAGUGAUGAUGAGUUCAUAAUCAAAACAGUUCAACACAAAGAAGCAGAGUUCCUUCAGAAGCUGUUGCCUGGCUACUAUAUGAAUCUCAACCAGAAUCCAAGGACACUGUUACCAAAAUUUUAUGGAUUGUAUUGUGUUCAGUCGGGAGGUAUUAAUAUCAGGAUAAUUGUGAUGAACAAUAUUCUACCUCGAGCACUGAAAAUGCAUUUCACCUAUGACUUGAAAGGCUCCACAUAUAAAAGGAGGGCAUCCAGGAAAGAGCGAGAGAAGUCUAACCCCACCUUUAAAGACUUGGAUUUUCUGCAAGAUAUGCAUGAAGGUUUAUAUUUUGACUCAGAAACUUACACUGCACUGAUGAAAACACUACAGAGGGAUUGUCGAGUACUGGAAAGCUUUAAAAUAAUGGAUUAUAGCUUACUGCUUGGAAUCCACGUACUGGACAGUGCUGCAAAAGAGAGAGAAGGUGAAACUUCUCAAAACACAUCUGAUUCAAAACGGCCAGGGGGACAGAGAGUUCUCUAUUCUACAGCUAUGGAAUCGAUACAAGGUCCAGGAAAAACUGGGGACUGUGUCAUCACGGAGAGUACCAAUACAAUGGGAGGCAUUCCAGCUAAAAGCUACAAAGGAGAAAAGCUGUUGCUGUUUAUGGGCAUUAUUGAUAUCCUACAGUCUUACAGGUUAAUAAAGAAAUUGGAGCAUUCCUGGAAAGCACUUGUUUAUGAUGGGGACACGGUUUCAGUGCACAGGCCAAGUUUUUAUGCUGACAGGUUUUUAAAGUUUAUGAGUUCCAGGGUGUUCAAAAAAAAUCAAGCUUUAAAGUCUUCUCCUUCGAAGAAACGAUGCAAUUCCAUUGCUGCUCUGAAGGCUACAUCACAGGAAUUUGUUUCCAUGGUUAGCCAAGAUUGGAAAGAUGAAAAGCAUGACUUGCUUACAGAGGGGCAGAGUUAUUGUAGCCUUGAUGAAGAAGUAUUAGCCUCCCGACAUCGACCAGAUUUAGUGCCAAGCACACCUUCUCUGUUUGAAGCAACAUCUUUAGCAACCACAAUUUCUUCAUCUUCUCUGUUUGUAGAUGACAAUUAUCAACAUGAUGGAACUAGGUUUUAUUCUAGCAGUAAAGGAUUGCCUUCAAGUUCAACAUUCACCUUAGAAGAUAGUGCUAUCUGCUUGACUUCAGAACAGAGCACAGUAGAGACAGAGAAUGAUAAUGCUUCUGUGCUGGAUGUAUACUUAUAAUAGCACAUGAAAGAAAAAAAUACGAAUUUUUAAAAUGAGUAUAUUUGAAGAAAGGCACGUUCUACACUCCACAUUUAAGAGGAAACGUUUGCUGAGCCUAGAAAACAAAAACUCAUAAGCAACAGAGCCUCUGAAAAUGUCAAAGGAUUCUUGAAGCAUAGAAAUAAUACCUUAGACUUGGCAAAUGAGAAAUGAAACAUUCCAUACUAUGAUGUGCUGUUGCCUGCUGAACUGUGAAGAACUGCAUACACUAUACUUAAGCUGCUUUCUCUACUAUUGCCAAUCAUCUUUUCAGGACUUGAAAGUGAUAUUUUCCUAUUGACUUUCACACAAUUUUUUCAUUUGCAUGUGUUCAGUGGUUUUGCACAAAUAUCUAAUCUGCUUUGCCUAUUUAAACAGUCAUCAUCACAGUGGUGAAUAUUAUGUAAAUCAAUUCUGCUUAUCCCCACUUCCCCCAGAAUUAUAAUUGCUCACCUAUUAAUUUCAUACAAGGGUUAAUGUAAUAGGUCUGCACAUACUUUAUGAGAUACUACCUUCUAUAAAUAAAUUUUCACUGUUUAUUAGUGAAAUAAAAAAAGCUAUUUAUAACAAAGCCUUAUGUUGUGUACAUAUAUUGUCUUUGAAAUAUUUGUGAUUAGAUAUAUUGCUUGUAAAGGACAAAAUUACAUAAUUUAUUUAGUAUAUUCUACUGUAAAACUAUAGUUUUAUUGACAAAAAAUAAAGUAUUUUGUUCUCAAAA